UGAACGUAAAGGGAUAAGGAGAUAAGAAUGUAUUUAUAAACUCAUCACAAUCAAUAGCGGCCUUGUGUAGAUCGAUUGUUUAUCGUCUACUUAACAAGAAGCAAGAACAGGUUCAAAAUCUGCAAGGCUUUCUUAUUUUGUAACCACUUGGUGAAUUUCUAGGAUCCGUGAGGCAUGAUUUCAGACUCAUUGGUAAGGUGACUUAGCCAAACUUAUUCCGCAGAUUAAUAAUUCAUUGCAAGAGAAUCAAACAACCUGUCGACAUCCCCUUCUUCAUUGCUCUGCUAUAGCAAAUGAAUCACAAUUUGAAACCUAUCGAACUUUCAAACUACGUAGAUGACUUUAUGCAGCAUGGACGUCGUUAAAAGAUCGAUAAACUUUCCAUUGGUUUCUCAUUAGAUGUCUUGAAGUAGAAGAACAACCGUAUCUUCCUACAGUCAGUACAGAAAGCUAAUGACCGAACAAAUGGAUCUAAAAGAAAAUAAUUGAGAACUUGGAGGAAGCUACAUGAAUUGAUGAAACUCUCAAAAUAAGCUCGGUUUUCAUGUUACGUCAAUUCAUUUCAUAAUACAACAGGAUUUGAAGGAUUAAUGCAAAGUUAAAGAUUUUCUUUAACGGCAAACAACACUGCUAAAUUCAAGAUAUAUUUCUGUGUCGUUUCAAUUGAUUUGCACUUUGAAGAUUGAUUUUCUAAGGAGUCAUCUUCCUUGAAUAGCAAACUAGAUAUUCCAAUUGAUUUGCACUUUGAAGAUUGAUUUCCUUAGGAGUCAUCUUCCUGGAAUAGCAAACUAGAUCAAGCAAAUUGAAUAAAAAUGCUUCAAAGAGUCAUGGAGUAAGCUGAUCGCGUGCCAGUCAUUAUGCCUCUUUUAGGGAAGAGUUCAAGAGACGUAUUGCCACCUAUAAAGAAUCCAGUUUUCAGCCUAACUGAGCGAAAUGCUGUGACUAUAACGGAGCAGACAGACUCAACUAAGGAUGAAGGCAAACAGCCGAUUGAGAAAAAUUCGAAAGCACAGAAGAAUGGUCGAUUUUCAGGGUUCGGUAAUCCCUUUAAAAGAAGACCUACUUCGACUGGGUCAACAGCUUCAGCAGCCUCAUCUAACACAAUAUCAGGGGGAGAUGAGCGGAUACCAUCAGCGCAGAACAAGACGGAAAGCGGAAGAGCCGAUGCGGGUCCUAAGCAUCUUUCGCUUGAUAGCGCUCAGAGCAAACUUGUGGUUGAUAAUCGUAGAUCUCCGAGGCAACGAGUUGCCACCCCUUUGGAAAAUGAUAAAUUCAAAAAUGCGGGCGGCAAUUCUGAAGUUACUCAUUUGCAAGUUGGGAAACAGAAUGUUCCCUCUUCUUCACCCGCAACAAGUCCUAGGCCUUGCAGUGUCAACACUAUUGAAGAUCUAGGCGAGAUUAUAACCAACGCAAGAGCGAACGAUAAUUACAGCGAAAUCGAAAGCUUUCUCACCUCAACAUUUGAAACAUUUGCUGCAAUAAACAAGAGAUUUCAGGAUCAAAGCACUCAAGAAAACAUAGACCCAUAUAACACAGCAAUCAACUAUGACUUCAUGGAAUAUGUUUACGAGUCUAUUCGCCACUUUCCAAAAGACCAGCAAAAACUCGCCUUAAGAUCAAUCAUCAAUUGCUUGUUGAAAGAUGCAAAAAGGCCUGGGAACAAUGACGACUUAAGAGCUUUGCUUAUACUCUUAAUGAAUCCUCAAUUCUUUGACGUUUCGACCUAUACAAUAUUUGCUCAUCUAUUGCGACAUAUCUGCACGCUGCCAGAUGCUGAUCAAAGGACGAUCCUCUACUGGUUUUACAAAGUGCCUGUCGAGCAAUUCAAGAGGAUGAUAAAGUCUAUCCACCAGUUUGUCGCUCAAAGAUUGUUUCCAACAAAUGUCAGUGAGAUGCCUCCUGUUGAGAAAUGCAGAUGGUGGAUCCAAACUGCAGUGAAAGUCUUGGCUUUGUUACAUUCUGCAAAUUGGGUCAUACAUCCACCUGUUGUCGACCACGCUUUCUUUUAUUGUGAUGAACUGAACAGAAUGGAUUUGAUGAAAGAAUACGACACUUGGCAACGGCAAACUGGACGAUUUUCAUUCUGUCAGUAUCCAUUUUUGCUGAGCCUCCAGUCGAAACGCUUUGUGAUGCAGAAAGACUCUGAGAUGAAAAUGUUGUUUGAAGCAAGGGAGAGCAUUGUAAAGCAUGUGAAGCGAAGGGAAGUGCCGAAUAUGGGAAUGUUGUUUCUGAACCUAAAAGUGCGUAGAUCGCAUCUGGUGUCAGAUUCCCUCGAUGAGAUCGCAAGGAAGAAAAAAGACCUGAAGAAAAAGCUGCGGGUCUCUUUUGAAGGAGAGCCAGGCCUCGAUUUGGGAGGACUGACAAAAGAAUGGUUUCUUCUGCUUAUCAGGAAAAUAUUUAGGGAAGAGUAUGGGAUGUUUACUUACAACGCAAAGACACGAAUCUGGUGGUUCAACAGCGCCAGCAUCGAUACUGAACACGAAUUCAAUCUACUCGGUGUCUUGAUGGGCCUGGCAGUUUACAACAGCAUCAACCUCGAUAUCCGGCUGCCUCUUUGCUGCUACAAAAAAUUGCUUAGCCCCGCUGUUGUGCCGUUCCAGAAUCCACAAGCUCCUGUGGGAAUAGCACAACUUGGCCUCCAUGAUCUUAGUGACGUCAACCCGGAACUUGCCCAUGGCCUGAAAGAGCUUGUAUCCUACGAAGGAGACGUGGAGAAUGAUUUAUGUCAAACAUUCCAGAUUUCCUACAAAAGUUUUGGGGAUGUAGUUACUAAAGAAUUGAAAAGAAACGGAGCACAGAUUCCUGUGACGAAAGAGAACAGAGACGAAUACGUGAAGCUGUACGUCAACUACAUUCUAAACAAGUCCAUUUACAAGCAGUUUUAUGCUUUCUACCACGGAUUCCACAGUGUCUGUGCCUCAAAUGCAUUAAUUCUUCUACGUCCAGAAGAGGUUGAAAUGCUUGUUUGUGGCAAUCCACACUUUGACAUCGAGGCCCUGCAAAAAGUAACAGUCUACGAUGGGUUUUCAAAAAACGAUGCAAUUAUCAGGCGAUUUUGGGAGGUGGUAUGUGGAUUCAAUAUACAGCUAAAGAAAAAACUUUUGCUCUUCACGACCGGCAGUGAUCGAAUUCCUGUUGGAGGAAUGAACGAAAUGAAAUUUAAAAUCACUCGCAUGGAGGGCCAAAACGUCGACAAGAUGCUGCCAAUGGCACACACCUGCUUCAACCAAAUCAUUUUGCCCUCUUAUAAAAGCCGGAAAACCUUGAAACAGAAACUGACAAUAGCCAUUUCAAACUCAGAGGGCUUCGGAAUUGAGUGAUGCAGUCCCCUUGAGAUGCCCCCCUAAAUUGGGCAGGAGGGGAUGUUCCCCUAAAAGGAGGGGUGUCUUUCGAAAGGGCAUAUGUGAUCCACUAAAACUUACCAAAAAAGACGGGCCAGGCUACACGCACCUUUCCAUAAAACCAAACUCAAAAUUAGUACUCUUGAUCUUAAUCUUAAUCCUUUGUUGAUCUUCUGCUAAAGUUUUCUUAAGUAUUUUUAGGUGAUACCGAAAUAGGUAACUAAUCGCAUAAAAGAAAAAAUUUCAUCCCAUCUUUAUUCUAACCACUUUCCAACAGUUUCAAAAACCUUAGGUGAUCACUAACUACUAAGGUUACUUUAUAUUUCCGCAUCUUAGGGCUUUGAAUCUUAUACACAGUAUCUUAUAAAAAUGGGUGAACACGGUCGAUUUCAGGAGCUGUUUUUGGUGGAUCCUUCACUUGUUUCGCUGUAAAGUAUAUAAAACAUAGACCUAUACAACAAAUCGUGUGACAAAUCCUUAUAAAACAGAGUAGUCGGAUGCAUGUCUCCCGCGUACCAGCUGCAAAGGCCAUUCCGUAGAGAACACACGACGACAACAACUGCUGGCAUCGCUCGAACUGACAAUAAAUGCACAUAAUAAUUUUGUCUUCAACCAAACUUCACACAAGGCUAUUUUAUCCCUAAAAUAUGCGAGAUUUCCUCAAGAUAUUAAAUCUUCCUACCCUUUGUAAGUUUUCUUGUUGAUUUACGAUUUCUGACCUGUGUGAAAUAGGCCAAUUCUUAGAGUUCUGAAUCUGACUACUUACCUAGCGUUACUUUGCAAAUAAUACUUACUGACAUGACUAAAGAGUAUAUAAUAAAUGUUCAACAUCUUGACUGAGGGUUUCUCUAGAAAAAAAUAUGCAAGAUUAUCGGAUACCAAUUUUGCAAAGACACAUGCAAAGAAGAUGUAAUAUAUAUGUUGUUUAUUUGUAAAUAUGCAAUGAAGAAUACCUUACUUUGUGGUAUUUAUCUUCCUCGCAAAUUUCUGCUUUGCAGUAUAAUUUUAAUUCUGUCUUCUGAAGUAAUUUGCUCAAGAGAGACGAUUAAGUGACUCCCCAAGUUUUUAAAGCUGCAUCUGAAAUAACAGUUUGUGACAGAUAAGCAAAAAUUGCUUUUGGAAAAUUGUUUGUGUGAAAAUUGCAAAAAUUGCAAAAAUAUCGAUGUUUAUUUAGAAGAAAAUGAUUUUCCUGACCAAUUUAAAAAGUUUGGUGAUUUCCGAUCGAUUAGGGAUGUAAUAUCAUGUUAUGGAAUAAAAAAAUUGUAGCAUAAUAUUGUGAAAACUAGAACCUGUUGCAAUGAAAAUAAGUACCCUUAAUUCAUAGCUAUCGUCAUUAAGAAAAUUUGUCUUUAGAAUUUUAGAAUUCUAACACCAUAAUCUUAAAGAAUAAAAUGAAAUACGAUAAAAUUUGCAGAACCAGUUGAAUCUGUUGCAAAUCCACUGAGGUAUGGCCACCAGAUGGUAGCUAGCAAAAACCUUCAGCAAAAAGUUUCAGCAAAGAUCGUCUCCUUAUUCAGAGAACCAAAAUUAUGAACUUAUUCAUAUCAGAGGAGCAUAGAUCAUUGUUACAUCGAAAUUUUUCGUCCCAACUGUCUAACAAUGCAAAGACUAUUUUCCCACGUUCACCUAGACAUCUGGCACUGCCUAUCAAUGAAGAAUCCCAUUCUAAAAAUGUGAAGAAAUUAAAAGUCAUACCACUCGAGGGCUGCGACCAUUAAAAGAUGCGAAUACAGGUGGGAAUUCGCCGUUAAAAUUCCCAAUAGAAUUAAUGUCCAAAAUAGCCGUCGGAAAGUCUACCUUGGGAAUUUUGAUAAAAACCUAGAGAGUAUUUGUGACCGUUUUAAAAAAAAACCAAUCAAAGGACAUUGAAUUCGGCUGCUCUUUCGCGAUACAAAGAAAAAGAGUCAACAAAUAUCUAUUCACAGAUUUCAUUGUAAAGUAAUGUUCUGAUUUCCAUUUAAGCCAGGAAACUUUGGCAGGGCAACACCCUUAAUUAGCCUCUAACUUCUGAAGUUGAAGAUAUUACCUUCUUAAAACAAAAUAUUAAAAGUUUCGAUAUUUACAACGCACAAAAAGAAGCAGUAUGUACCCAUAAUUUCAAAAGCGAAAUAAACUUCAAAUAAUCUAAAGGGAACAUCUACAUCCGAUUGGGAAACAAGGCUGUGCCUGUAUAUCGUGAGGUUUCCCUCAGCAGAGGCAUGGGCUGCUUCAGGAAGAUGUUGUGAGAAUAUGUUUGCGAGACAAUAUUUUAAAUGAAGAAUUUCAUCAAUGUGUGUAGAAUAUAGACAAAAAACGAACAGGUUUUUUGCAAAUGGCCGGUUAAGUUUCUCGAAAAGACAUUCUUGUAUCAAAGUUGACGUCGCAUGCAUCAUUUCCUUUUAAAUUUCUCCUGGACAUAAAUGUGUGGUUGAGAUAAGCCCUUUUGUCUGCGUAAAUGCUGCCUGGGUUCUUUUGAGGUCAUGUUGAUAACAGAAUUCAAAAAAUAAGAUUGCAGCUGAAACCCAUAAGUGGAUUGCUUAAAAAUCAUCGAAGAGUCGAUAAAUAUAUUAAUUGGCUUAAGUGGUUCUGACCCAAAAGACCAGUAGGCUAACGGGUUCUCUCUUAGAGAUAAAAAAAGCAAAGACUUGAGAUGGAAAAUAACCCAGUUUUUGUUUGAAAGGAACCAGAAUCGAGACCGAAAUUGAGACCCUCUGAAACCCUCACCAAUUUACUUCCGACUUGUCAGGACAGGAUCUGGAAUCCGCAAAGAGCCCCUACCUCGUUCCAGUGUGAUGCUUCGCAACAAACAAGUGAACGGCGGGAACUUAAAAUGGUAGCUGUUGUUGUUGUUAUGGUGAGUUGUUGUGGUAAAUAAUUUAAUUCAUAUCGCGAAGAUGUGCACAUGAUUUGGGAACAGACAAAACCAGAAAAUAAAGUAUGUCUGCAAGUUCUAAAAGAAGACUUGAAGAUGCUUUAAUGGUUGGGAGAGAAAUUGCUGCCAACGGCGAUGAGGAACCAAGG